CCCAGGGCAGCUCCUUUGCCGAGGGCUGUUCAUUGCCCCUGCUCAGUGCCCGGCCUUGCCCCUGAGGGAUUCUCUCCCUUGCCCCUGGUUCCCCAUGACCAGUCAGUGCAGGGAGCUGGAACAGUCCCAGCGACACCCCCACAGUCCUGGGGAGAGACCCCUGAGCUGGAGCAUAAGCAUCAGGGAUAGGCUGGCUCAGGAUGUGGGAAUGGGGCCUUUCCCCUCUAGGGUGCCCUGGCUCCCAUCCGGCCCCAGGGCAGGGACUGGCCGACUCAGGGACAGGCAAUGGGACCCACUAACACCUGUCUCCCCAGUGCCCCCUGAGAUGACUGCGUUCCCCGAAGACCAUGUGGAGCUGGGCGAGCCCAACAUCCUGAUCUGCUUCAUGGACAACUUCUCCCCGCCGGUGCUCAGCCUAACAUGGCUGAAGAAUGGGCAGGAGGUGACAGAGGGUGUCUCCAAGACUGACUUCUACCCCUGCCAGGACAACUCUUUCUGCAAGUUCUCCUACCUGCCCUUCCUCCCCAGCCAGAGCGACUUCUAUGACUACCAGGUGGAGCAUGUGGGGGCUGCCCGAGCCCUUCACAAAGCACUGGGGUAAACACGGGGAGGAGCCCAGGCCCCAGAAUCCCCGAGGUGCCUUUGUGGGAGCCACUCGCACACACUUCAGUGCCUGUUGCCAGCUGCUGUACCUAGGCAGGAGCCCCCCGGCCCCGUAACCAUGACACCCCACCUGCUAGAGCGGGGGGGGGGGCAGCCUGAGAAGGAGCCAGAAUUUACCAAAGUACAUUGCCAAAGAGCUACAGUAACACAUCAGCAGCUCCCACACCCACUCCCAGUGCCUGCCGCAGCACCUCCCUGGACCUCCCAAUUAGCUGUUUUGUGGCAUGCAG